GCUGGCCUCCUGCUUUCACUUUCAUGUGCCUUUCUGCUUUGUACCAGGAAGUUACCAUCUGCUGCAACAGAAGUUCUAGUAGUGAAGUCACAUAGGAUGACAAUGAGGCAAUAUUUUGCUUGCAUCCCAGCAUUCCACAGAGGUGGCAGAGAGGCUGCCUUCUUAGGAUAAUCUCUUGAGAGCUGUGGUGGGCCAGCUGUGCCAUUUCCCCCAGCUUCAGCAUUACUCUGAAAGCCCCAUAGCCACAUGGCAACUAUGCUGCUUUGCUCUCUAGCUCAAGUGAACGCACAGGGCGAGUUGUACCAUGAAGUUGACAGAGCCCCGUAACAUUCAGUAAUAAUAAUUUUACUCAGAUUUGCUGGUUAAUCACUUGUUGCACCCUCUUCCACCGACUUUUUUGCUAUCAGUGGUCCAAAUUUUAGAUCGCCUUGAUCUUUCCAUUUUAACUGUCAAGUGGCAGCCUAAUAAAUCUCCUCUGCCUUUAGUGGUGAAAUCUUUCCAGGAAUUUUAUAUUAAACAGGUUUGUAAAGGUUUGUUGUUUCUGUUUGUCUCCCAGUGGAGAUGUUGGUCAAGAGCCAGGGCUGUCAGAGGAGAGUGGGUGGCAGAGGCAAGAUCCCACUCUUCUGGGACUCAGCCCUUUCUCUUCCCUUCUCUUGCUCACAGACGUUAAGGUUUUCAACCUCUCUCGGUUGUUUACAGGAAUAAGAGAUGUUCUUUUUGACUUGAGAUGUUUUUCAGAACAAAUUGUGAUAGUAAAUUGCAUGACUGCAUUUGGUCCUCCUUAGAAAGGAGUAAUUAUUGUAUCCUUGCCAGGUGGAAGAAUUGUGAAUAACUCAGAUAGUCUCUCCCUGCAUCUUCACUACUUCUUAUUCAGCAGCCUGUUUCUUACCUGCAGUGCCACUGAGGGUAUUUUCCUUAGAUCACAGCAGAUAGGCAAAAUGUUUGUCCCAAGUCACAGGAAAACAACUUGCAGUAAAAUGGCUGGGAACCGUUUUUCUUUAAAGUCAAGGGGGAUUGGUGAGAAGACUCUGGUGUCUGUCUGGAGCUCCCUUUGGUAGGAAGUCAGUGAUGCCCAGUGAUUAGAACACCUCUCUGGUGAGCAACUGCGGACUUCCAAUGUUCAAGCUGUGUGUGGAGGGGAGGGGUGUUAAGGACUCUGUGAAGGUGCAAUGUAGUUAACCUAUUACUUGAUCCUACAUUUUUCUUCCUUUUCCCCACACCUCAGAGAAACAGUCCCUUGCCUAGUCUAGCAGGAGGGAAUCCCUGGGUUUCUGUCACAUGCAGGCUUACCAGUGGCUCUCUUCAAGAUUAACAGUGGCAAGAGUAUCUGGGGCUGGUAGUUCUUCUUUGAAGAAGGAAGAUAAUUCCUGAAAUGUCUAUUUUGGAAAGAGCUGACAUGAUUGUCUCAGUUCUUAGGUCCAAAGUGUUGAUUGUCAGGGGCUGGAUAGAAAUACUAAAGUGGCUUAUUUUAAAUGCUUCAGGAGGGGGGGGGGGGGUUUAAUGCCAAGUGCUCAGGAGAUGUGUGUGGAGAUAGCAAAGCCAAGACAUGAUUGUUAGGCAUGAAGCAUCUUCCCAGGAUGUGCUUAGAUCCUUUAAAUUCUGUCCUGCGGCAUCUGUCUGUCCUCCUCUCCACGGGAGAAACCUUUUUGCAGAGCGGAAGCCCCAUGAACCUGGUUGGGUCCUUAGAUGUGCCCACUGUGAAGCAGGAUUCACUGAACUCCUCCUUAAGAGAUGUGAAGACUGAAGGGGGGGGGCACAUUAAUCUCUUUCUCCCUCCUGUUAUUUUUUCCUUUUGUGGGGAUAAUUUUUUAAAACAGCUGUGAAUGUUGUCUCGAUUACAAUGUUGAACAUUAAGCAUUUCAAGGCAAGAUUUUAAAAUACUGAUUUAACUGCUCAUACCCACCCCCCGGGGCACCCACUGAUUUCUAAUAACUGUGUAAGACUGUCUUCACAGUAUUAGGUAAUUAUAACUUUAUACAUCAGCCAUAUGUCUCAGAUCCCCUUAGCCUUCUGUUCGUUUCUUCAUCCUGCCCCAUGUAGUCUACUUGUGGAAAUAACACCCCAAACUGAAGAAAAUACUCACAGUUUGUUUUAACCUCUGCAGACCUUCAGUUCUCUAAAGUCCCAGCAGAUAGAACAAAAGUUCUGAAUCAGGAACUCUUGAACUUUCAGAAACAGAUCCCAGUUAGAGAAUGAAGCUUGAAGUCCACGUUGACACCACCUGAAUUUCAUGUGGCUGUUUCUGCCCACAGUUAUUGUGUGAGUUGUACAAAUAUGAUACAUGGCUAGAAAGAUUAAUAUUGUUAUAAACUGUAGCUCCAGUGAAAGUCUUUUGUUUUAUGAUCUGUGAGGCUGAGUGCAGAUUUUUGUUUCUUUGAAGAGUUGGAAGUAAUUUGAAAGAGGCUGCCAUCCUUGCCCUUGAAGCAGCAGGCUUGUUCUUUGGUUCUGCUUAAUCUUAACUGCCGUUCAGUGCACAUAAUAAAUACUUGCACUGUUUAUUGCAGUCUUUAUUGAUUCUACUUUUAAGGCUUAGGUAGCUUAAGUUUGAGAUUCCAUUUUCUUACACUGCAUAUAUUUGUUGUUUUUCAUUGAAUUAAACAAAAUCAUUUUUGUUUGUGCUUUUUAUAAACAGUGCAGUUGCAUGUAUUAACCUACACACCAUGCUUUAAAGGGUUUUAAGUCAAUAAAGUAAAAAUAGAUUUAUUUGAUUCCCCUCCCACAUGUCCAUUUUCUCCCAACUGCCAAACAAGAUUUGUGUUUUCUCUAUGACCUCAGAAUUUGCAGAAAGGUUCAGUUCUCUGAUGCUGUUCUGUAGUUUGCCCUAGUUUGGGUUUUGUAGACUGUUCCGGCGCUGGUUUAACCAGCAGAAUGAUGAGAGGCCUGGAAGGUCAGCAUAGUAGAUUUGAUCUUAGAGAGAAGAAAUCAGGCAGUGAGAGGAGGCGGCCUGUGGAUCUGCUGCCGUCCUGGGAGAAAUGGUCUUCGCUGGGCGCCUCUCACUGAAUUAACCGCUGUUUUAAAGGGAAUUUUAAAGGGAUUUAAUGAUCCCAUAGCUGUCGGAGCCUUUAUGAUAUGUAAACUAUUUAUUGGUAUCUAGUUUUUGCUCCUUUUGUUUGCUUGUAAUUAUGAUGGGAUUUUAUGUUGUACACCGCCCAGAGCCCCUUGGGGAUAGGGCGGCAUAGAAAAUUAAUUGAUUGAUUGAUUGAUUGAUUGAUUGAUUGAUUGAUUGAUUAAUUAAUUAAUUAAUUACUUUGUGUUUUCACCGCUAAGUAUACAGGCACCAGAAGGCUGUGAGAAAGGAACUGUGUGAGCAGUCAGACUCAUCUUGUCAAAUCACAGUGGAAGGAUUUCCCCCUCUCCUUCCAGAUAAAAACGGUGGUUACACACCUGCUCGGGCGAGGGAUCAGGAGGCUGCAUUUGAAUAAGAGAUGCUUCCAACGCAGAGAGGGAUAUCGACUGUGAGCCUCAGCCCCCUUGUGAAUGGAUUGCCCAGUGUUGUUCAAACCAUGAACCAACUUUUUCAUUAAACAAUUAAUUGAAAACGUGGAUAUUGCCAACUUAUGCUUAAAGGAGGAUGGGGAGCUUGAAGAAGGAGAGCUGGAAGACGAUGGGGGCGAGGAACUUCACGAUGUCUCAGACUCAAGGGAAAGGAGUCGGAAGGAAAAAAAUGAGAAGCAUCACAGUGACUCCGAUGAAGAGAAGACUCACCGGAGGAAGAGGAAGCGGCGGAAGGAGCGAGAGAAGGAAAAGCGAAGGUCAAAAAAGAAAAGAAAAUCCCGGCACAAGCGCCAUGCCUCCUCCAGUGACGAUUUCUCCGAUUACACCGAGGAUUCAGACUUCAGCCCUAGUGAGAAAGGACACCGGAAAUAUAGAGAUUACAGCCCUCCUUACUCUUCCUCCCACCAAGUGUACUUCCUUAGCAAAGUUCCCAAAGAAGGGCUAUUCCAAAAUGGAAAGCAAGAAUUACCCCCCAUAUGAAGAUUAUGAGAACGAGGGCUAUUGUGAAUAUGAGGGAGAGGAGGAUGAAGACGGGGGGAAAGAAGACUAUGAUGACUUCACCAAGGAGCUGAACCAGUACCGGAGGGCCAAGGAAGGGGGGACGCAUCGGGGGCGAGGUGGCCGUGGCCGAGGCCGAGGGUACCGUGGCCGCAGAGGAGGAAUGAGAGGCCGGGGCAUGGGCAGAGGCGGCCGUGGCAGGGGACGAGGAGACCACCCAGAGGAUGAGGAAGACAUGUUCGAGGAGGAAAUGGAGUACUGUGAAGGAGAAGAGCCUGGAGGGGAGGAGGGCUAUGAAGACUAUUCCAAGGAGCUGAGUCAGUAUCGUAGGAGCAAAGAAGGAAGAGGGCGAGGGCUGGGUCGUGGCCGAGGUCGCGGCCCCAGAGGGCGAGGCAAGGGAAUAGGCCGGGGACGAGGACGUGGCAGAGGGAGCGGGAGCAAAGGAGGAGGGAUGAACGAAGAGGAUGACUACUAUGAUGAAGACCAGGGGGAUGGAGGAGGCAGUGGUGGGAAUUACAGGCGGGGCGAUCAUGAGAAGUCUCACCAACCAUCAGAUAAGAAAGGAAAAGUCAUCUGCAAGUACUUUGUCGAAGGCAGGUGCACUUGGGGGGAACACUGUAACUUCAGCCAUGACAUUGAACUACCAAAGAAGCGGGAGCUGUGCAAGUUUUACAUCACAGGAUACUGUGCCAGAGCGGAAAAUUGUCCCUACAUGCAUGGGGACUUCCCUUGCAAGCUCUUCCAUACAACUGGGAACUGCAUCAACGGGGGUGACUGCAUGUUUUCACACGAGCCCCUCACAGAUGAGACGCGGGAGCUGCUGGAGAAGAUGCUGGCUGACGAUGCUGAGGCAGGAGCAGAAGAUGAGAAGGAGGUGGAGGAGCUCAAGAAGCAGGGCAUCAACCCCUUGCCCAAGCCCCCUCCCGGGGUGGGCCUGCUGCCCACUCCCCCUCGCCCUCCAGGGCCCCCAGCACCAACUUCCCCCAAUGGCCGGCCAAUGCCUGGAGGCCCCCCUGCGCCCCCACCGCCCCCACCUCCCCCCCUUCCUCCCCCAGGAGCCCUGCAGAUGCCACCUCCGCCCCAUGAGGCCCUCUCGCCUCAGCAGCUGCAGCAGCAGCAGGACAUGUUCAAGAAGAUCCCCUCCCUUUUUGAGAUCGUGGUCAGGCCCACGGGGCAGCUUGCUGAAAAGCUGGGUGUGAGGCACCCGGGUCCAUCACCACCCCGCUUUCCUGGGCCUGCACAUCCCGACAUGUGCCCUGACAUGCCUCCCAACAUGUGCCCAGACAUGUGCCCAGACAUGCCAAUGGGUCUAGGGAUGAAUCCUGGCCCUCCAUUGGGCCCUGGGCCCCCAAUGAUGCCCUUUGGCCCAGAAGAUAUUCCAUCUGGCCCACCGCCACCGGACUUCUAUGACAGCUUCUACCAGCAGCCCGACGGCAUGGAGAUGGAGCCUGGCAUGAUGGGCGUCCCAGAGGGCUAUGGGAACUUUGAGGAGAUGGAUGAGCUGCACGGAGAGGACAUCUUCCCAGACUCUUCCUUGGAGCCCGACACCAUGGGUGAGGGAGUCGUCCCACGGUUGCCAAAGCCUUCCGCCAGCAUCCCUGACUUCCUGCCCUCCACCCAGCGGGCCCUUUAUCUGCGGAUCCAGCACAAGCAGCAGGAGGAGGAGGAGGAGGAGGAGGAGGCUCGCCGUCAAGCAGAGGGCUGCAAGCAGGAGCGGGAACAGGAGGAAGGCGAUCCUGGCAACUGGUACUCCAGUGAUGAGGACGAUGGUGGCGGAAGCGUCAGUUCUAUUCUGAAGACGCUGCGGCAACAAAGUUCCAGCCGGCCGCAUGAAGACACGCCAGGCAACACAGGCCCUGUCCCAGCCAGGAGUGAUCCUCGCCUCCAGAAGAGCCAGCCGCUGGGAGGCAGCCGGCUUGCCGACCCUCGUCUCUUGCGUGAUCCCAGGCUUUCUCGGAGCUUGGAGACACCUGCUUCCUCUGGGGCUGGGGACACCGGGCCCAGUGAUCCGAGACUGGCCCGGCACAUUCCUCCAUCUGCCCCGAAAUCAGAACCUUCGCUUUCCAGCCCCACCGUUGGCCAGAAGGCAGUCACAAUUCCUGAGGAAGAGGAAGGGGAGAGGGAGAUAAGAGAAAAGCCGGUUGCUAUCCCGCUAGAAACGCUGCCAAAUCACACCCAGAGGGAUCCUCGCUGUCAGCUGCAGCAGUUCAGCCAUAUCAAGAAAGACAUUGUCCUGAUCAAGCCCAAUUUUGCCCGCAUGGUCCUUUGGAGUCCUGAGGACCUGAUCCCAUUGCCGGUUCCAAAACAGGAGUUUGUUCCUGUCCCAGCUGCUCUCCAGUCCCUGCCUGCCCUCGAUCCUCGCCUGAACCGACCACAGAACAGCAGCAUUUCUGACCCAAGACAGAAGGGCACCGCCCCGGCAGAAGCUUCGGCUAAUUCUGGCUCCAGCCUCCCAGAUUUUGAGCUACUCUCCAGGAUAUUAAAAACAGUCAGUGCAACUGGAAGUCCAGGCCAGAGUGACAAGCCAAGUGACCCCCGAAUGCGGAAGACCCCUGCAGAUCCGAGGCUGCAAAAAACUGCAGACUCAACUGCCCUGAUGCCCUCCAGACCAGCUGAUGCCAGUGCCCCGGCAAGUGGCCCCAUGGCGAGCUCUGAGGCAGCCCCUGGCAUAGCUCCUUAUGACCCUCGGCUGCUGACAGCAGGAGGGCUGAGCAGAGGCAGCAGCCAGAGCAGUGUCCUGAGUGGAAUAAGCCUCUAUGAUCCUCGGGCUCCAGGCUCCUCUGUUGGAAAGGCCAUGGAGCCGGCUGGCGAGGGCACCCCCGCCACGAGGGGCCCGGAGGGUAGCAAGAGCAGCAGAGGAAAGGAGCCCUUGUUUGUGCGCCGAUCGGCCCUAGAUCAGCCUGAGCUAGACAAGCCCAGCCCUGAACCUUCCACAGACAGAUACAAUAGCUACAAUCGGCCUCGGUCCAAGGCAGUCCCCACUGUGGCUGUUACACCUUCCUCGGAGUCUGCUGCACAGCCUGCUGUCCACAACCUCCCUGUGCCCCCUGUCUAUGGCCUGGUGAAGCAAGCAGCCAAGUCUGGAGCCGGCAGCCCAUUUGCUGGGAACAGCCCUGCCCAGGAGGGGGAACCACAAGAUGCUGGCUCUCUAAAGGAUGUUUUUAAGGGCUUUGACCCCACAGCCUCCCCAUUCUGCCAGUAGUAUUAAAGACUUGCACAAGCAGGCUUGGACCAAGUGAGGCAGGCAGUGCUGAUUGUUUUUUCUAUUCCAUUCAUGGUCCCCUUUACUACAUCCCUUGUAUAGAAGUCCUUUGGGUUUUGUAGGCCAUAAUCUUCAAACUUGCUGCAGUGUCAACAGGUAAUUAGAUUACCUGCAAAUGGGACUGGGCAGUAUUGUCUGAAGCUGUGAGAGCCCCUUCUCAAUUCUUUUUUGAGAUCCACCUGAAAUCAUUCAGUGUCUUUAAAUCUCUUUUGGGAAGUUGGGCCAGCCCCCCCCCUUUUUUUUUGCACAGUGGGAGAUCCCUUCCUUUCUUCAUGUAUUGUCUGUGGAAUGGGGGCAGACCGAAGAAAGAAACCUGGUUCCUUCAGCUCAAUGGGCUAAAGCAGACAGCUGGGCCACUUGGUAGAAGACGUGUAUGUUCGUUUCUCAGCUAUAACAAAUAUGUGUAUCACAGCCUUUUUAAAAAGUGUAGUGCAGUGAAGAUUACCAUGGAGAAAUAACCAUGUAGGAUUAUUUUUGUAAUUGUGUUGGAUCUUGUUUCUCUGCCAUUUCCUGGAGGUCCUCGGAUUCUGGGCCUGGGCCUGAACAGGGUGCUAUGUCUGGAGGGAUGACCUCUUUACGAAAGCAAAGCGUUUACCAAAAAAAAAAAGAAUAUGUAGUAUUGAAAUUAAAUUAUUACUGUCCCUCCUGGUUUUAUUUGAAUGUGUUCUCCACACUUCUAAACACAGGAGGGCUUGCCCAGGCUGUGUGAUGGGCUGUUGGUUUUGGGUAGGCAGCAUCACAGACCUGUUCCAUAGAGGAGAUAGGGUGAGCCGCAGUGUGUCUGUUGAGGCUCAGGACCACAGCUACACAGGAGGCCUGCUGUCCUUGGAGGGUGAGCAGCAGGCUGAGCUGUUCUUUGGAUUCAUUGCAGUGUUGCCACGGAAGUGUUACUGGAAGUAGUAGUGGGAAAACAAGUAUCCAGAGCUGGUUUCUCAGAAGCAGCCGAGGGCCAGAACCAGAGAGAGGUCGCUUUUGAUAGUUUUUCUGGGACACCCUCACCCUCCCUUACAACUGGCUCAGAACAUCAAUCAGAAUCUGUUGUCAGAAUCUGUUGUGCCUUCCCAACACAGCACUUCCCAGUCAGUCCUGUGUUCUGGUCUUGCCAGCCUCAGUCUCUGCGAAUGGCUUCUUUGGCAAAGGACAGCAGCUUUGUGGUGAAAGGGGGCUUUUUUUUGUCCUGGCUGUGUCGGAAAAAAGUGCCUAUAGCUGCUUUUUCUGGUCAUUUGGCCAGUGGGCCGUUGCUGCUCACCUAGGUCUUUGGCCUAGGUGCUGAGUCUUGAGGCAGGAGGGGAACGCGUGCCAGUCGCUGAAAAAGUAUUUCACAGAAAAGGUGUUAGGUGUUGGAAAAAGUGUUUCUUUCUGGAAACAUAAGCUGCAUCUGCUGGUUAGGGCUGAGAUUCUUGGACCCGUUCUGCCUGUGCCUGCUCAAGGGAUGUGGGAAGGAUGCAGAGUGUUGCCCUCUGCAUCACCGGGGACUGGUCUCACCCCCAUGUAAGGGUUGGUUCCUUCCAGCACUGCUGAGCUGCUCCCCAAAGAAUGGAUUCCAGCAUUCCAUGUGAGGCUGGUUUUAAAGAUGUUCUGAGAUGGAUGGAGUGUAUCUGGACUGUGCUGGUCCACGUGCUUCUGAGCACGUAUUUAGGACAAAGCUGCAGGGAAAUCCACUGUUCUCAGUGAGCAUUUGAAGAGCAACUUUGAAGUGGGGUGGGAUAAGCACACCCAGAAGUGUUGGAGUUUGCAGAGGAUGGCAAAUUUACUCCUUCCCUGGGCUUUUGCCAAAUUUCCUCUAGGGCACACGCCACUAACUGAAGGUGGAGUUCCUCCCUGGUGGUCAGGACAUCCUGCUCAAGCAGUGCUUUGUGUGGACCCUGUCUUCAGGCAGUGAAGAGAAAGAGCAGCAGCUAGGCAGCUUUCUGUGGCAGAAACCUGAAGUUUCUGGUCAUACCGGCACAUCCCCCCGCCCCCGUAGUGCCAUGCUCAUAGCCCCCAUGCCUGCCCCCUCAUGACAUCUAUGGGUCUGAGAAGAGGGUCCAGAGCAGAGGUCCCAGCUGUCUCCCCAUACAAGAGAUCCUAGUGCUCUGCCUCUGAAAUUGGGAUAGGUGGGUUAGCACAGCCCAGAACUAGAGAGAUCCUUUGUGGAGGAGUCUGUCAUGUGAGAUUACAUAGGUGUCAAAGGCACUUUGUAUCAUAAGACUGACUUUCUGUCAAAAUAAUUGGAAAAAGCCCUUCAGUAUAUAGCACAUGGCAAAAGUCUACACUGAAGUAAAGCUUUCUCUAAUUGACAAAACUGGCCAUCUGGCAGAGCUUUAUAAAAAUGCGAUAAAAUGUAAAUAUUAUUUGAAAUGGGGUUUGUAUAUAUUGUACUGGUAUUUUUACAGUGACCUUUUUGUUGCAUGGCUCUGUUUACUUUCUUUUUUUAUCACACAUUUGUCUUCCAGCAAUGUCAUCCAGACGUGAGUCUCCUAUCAUUGUACUGCUGACAUUAAAUGAGGCAGUGAUUUUAAAA